ACAAACUGACAGUCACGCAAAAUGAUUGGCUGCUUAAUGAAAUUCAGCGCCGUGAUUGGUUGUCUUCGUGAUUUCACUGUCUUGAAUGACGUUUGCCGCCAAAGUAUCACGCAGGCGCCGUGACCGUGUAACCAGGAUCUUUCCGCAGAUGUAUUUUGCUCAUAACAACGGCAGCUCAAUCACUUAUACUAGAGAUGAAAGUUAUCGGUUAAAGCUACAAAAAUAGACAGUUGCAUUUGGCGUUAGUGAACUAUUUUAGGAACUUCAAAGUAGAUAAUAUGGAUUUGGAACUGCCUGCCGGCUUCACAGACCUCCUGCAAGAAUUCACGGUUCAUGUUUUGCAAGAGAAACCUGACGAUAUCGUCGAUUUUGCAGCCAAUUACUUUAUGAAACUCAAAUUGAAAGAAAAGCGUUCAAAGGACGGAACAAAAAGAAAAUCGAAAGGCGUUAGCUUUCAGAAUGAGGAAGUAAAUGGAGAUGGUAAUUCUGAUGAUGAAGACGACGACGAAGAAAUUGAACCACCGAAAAACCGCUAUGCAAGGCGCCAGUCUGUUUGUGCAGAACCACUGAACCCCGACUCGGACGAGGAAGGCGACGAGAAUCCGGUUGUCUACCCCAAAACUGAUGAUCAGCGGAAACGUUUAAAUGAUGCAGUCAAGAAUAUCUUGCUUUUUAAGAAUGUUGAUCCAGAACAACUAAAUGAAGUGCUUGAUGCUAUGUUUGAGAGAAAAGUGCAACCUGGAGAUCAUGUUAUAGAUCAAGGAGAUGAUGGCGACAACUUUUAUGUUAUAGACAGGGGAGUCUAUGACAUUUAUGUGAAAAUUGAUGGCCAAGAUAAACUGGUGGGAGCAUACAAUGAGAAAGGAAGCUUCGGUGAACUGGCGUUGAUGUAUAACACACCAAGGGCGGCAACAAUAGUUGCAACUUCAGAAGGAGUUCUCUGGGCUCUGGACAGAAAUACAUUUAGAAGGAUAUUAUUAAAGGCAGCAGCCAAAAAGAGAAAAGUUCAUGAGACUUUACUGGAAAGUGUUCCCAUGUUGAAGGAGAUCACAGAGUAUGAGAGGAUGAACCUAGCAGAUGCAUUAGUAUCCAAGAAAUUUAAAGAUGGAGAUUGUGUGAUACAACAGGGAGAUGAAGCAGACUGUAUGUACUUUGUAGAGAGUGGAAUGGGAUCAAUUAGGAUACGCAAUCAGGACGACCCUACUGAGGAAGUGGAAUUGACACAGUGCACUAAAGGAGGUUACUUUGGUGAACUGGCUCUUGUCACCCAUAAACCACGUGCAGCCUCUGUGUAUGCAGUUGGAGACCUUGUCUGUGCAGUUCUCGAUGUCCAUGCAUUUGAGAGACUUCUUGGCCCUUGCAUGGAUAUUAUGAAAAGAAGCAUAGAUGGCUAUGAAGAGCAACUCAAGAAAUUGGGUUUAGGACAUGCUGAACUUCGGUGAAUUUAAGAUCUAAAGACCGUGAUUUAAGAACUGUUUAAAGAUGGCCUAUUUUUAGACACAAAGAACAUUUUAACAUUUUACUUUCCCGAUGCAUCCAUGCCGAAAAAGUUGUUUUGGUUUUAACUCUAAACGAGAAAAUUGCUAUUGCAUUCAUUUCGAUCAGUUCUGUGUAUUUAUAAGUAAAAAAAAAAUUGUUCCUAUUGCAGUUAGCGUUUGCAUUGAAAAAAUAAAUUGGAUAAUUUAUUGUUUAAUAAGUUACUUUCUUUAUACGUGAGAGAUAAGAAUGCAUUAGAGACGUUUAUUACAAUUGUGGCAACUUCAACUGUAAAUAAAGCAUAUUUAUUAAAAAAAAUCAGUUUCUUUGGUGUUGUCUAUGCGGUGACUGAAUGGGGUCUUAAUCAUUAAGGCAGGGUCCAUAUUGACCCACUCUGCAGAUUUCAUAUCAUUCAGUUAUGCAGUGGGUCAAUCGAUAUGGACCCUGUCGUAAUGAUUAAGGCCCCAACCACAAAUGAAAACGCAUACUUUUUUUAUGUGUUUUUGCCUAUCAUCCACACCAAAACACCCAAAAACACUGAUGAAAACAGUGUUGAAGUAGAGCUGAAAAUGCUCAGUUUCUAGUGUAUAGGUGAUAACAGAGGCUUUUGAAAACAGUGAUGAAAGAAGAGUCAGAUACUGUCAUUUCCAUCACUGUUUUCCGUGUUUUUUAGUGUGGAAUGAUAGGCAAAAUGUAUCAAAAAAUAUGCAUUUUAGAAUGAAAAAGAAUUACUGUGGACAGGUGAAAAAGAAAAAAAA